CAGAUAUAAUUUAAGAUGGCUGAAUUUUUUGUCCUCAACACCGGUGCGAGAAUCCCAUCGGUUGGCCUCGGCACCGCGACAGGGAAAGCUGAACCCGGCGUCGUCGGAGCGGCCGUCUAUGCUGCUGUCAAGGCUGGAUAUCGGCAUAUUGAUUGUGCUUCAAUAUACUGUAAUGAGAAAGAGGUUGGCUUGGCUUUGAAGAGAUUAUUUGACGAAGGUGUGGUGAAGCGUGAAGAUUUAUUUAUCACCUCUAAGUUAUGGUCUGAUCAUCAUGCACCUGAAGAUGUUCCAGAGGCAAUUGGCACUACUCUUAAAGAUUUGCAGCUUGACUUCUUGGAUUUGUUCCUUAUUCAUGAACCUAUCCGUUUAAAAAAAGGAACUACAUCGAACCCUGAAGACUUUCUCCCACCUGAUAUUCCUGCUACAUGGGAAGCGAUGGAGAAGCUAUACGACUCUGGCAAAGCUCGAGCAAUCGGUGUGAGUAACUUUUCUUGCAAGAAGUUGGAGGAUUUGCUUGCCAUUGCACGCGUGUCUCCAGCAGCCAACCAGGUUGAGUGCCAUCUGAUUUGGCAGCAAGACAAGCUCCGUAAACUAUGCCAGUCAAGGGGUGUACAUCUUUCUGCAUAUUCGCCAUUAGGUUCUCCUGGGACAUCAGAAGUCAAUGGGCCUAGUGUCCUUACCAAUCCUAUUGUCAUCUCUGUUGCUGAGAAGUUGCAGAAAACGCCUGCACAGGUCGCCCUGCGCUGGGGCCUUCAAAUGGGACAGAGUGUACUCCCAAAGAGCUCCAAUACAGCAAGGAUCAUGCAGAACUUCGACAUAUUUGAUUGGUCCAUUCCUGAAGAUUUGAUGGCAAAAUUCUCCGAGAUCAAACAGGAAAGGUUGUUGAGAUUUGAGUACGCAGCUCACCCUCUAAGCGUUUACAAAACCUUGGAGGAUUUUUGGGAUGGCGAAAUCUAAAUCAUGUGAACCUUUUUAGAGUGAAUAAACUGAAUGAGCUAGUGGAGACGCUGCAUAUCCGCAAUCUAUCCGUGUUCGUUAAAUAAAGUUGAUUUUCGCGCAGAUAUUUUCCUUUCUGUUUUGACAACCUGAUAAUGUAAUAACUGUGUUGUCGUUCGGACAAAGAUCCGAAAGAAAUUUGCUCUGCUUUUCAUA